AUGGCGUACCGCUGGUAUCGUAAGGCUCGGCCCUUCAUUCCCAUCGUUGUGUGGCUUGUUUUCACCGCUUGGUGGAUUUAUGGAUUGGUCACUGUUGUUGUUUGGAAGAGAUCGGAUGGCUUUUCGUGGCUCAAGCCUUUCUUGUUCUACCUCGCCGUCACGAUCCGCGUUCUUACUCUAUGGGUCCCCAUGGCUUUCUUCUGGAAGCCUGUCCGUUGGGUAUGGGAUCACACCGUGUUCAAGGGAUACGAGAUGACGCCGAAGAAGCUCCACCGACCCAUCGCUGCUGUUGUCACUAUUGCGGUCUUCCUGAUCGGUAGCAUGGUUCCCGAGGAGACUGGCGAAAACACCCGUGCAAGCCGCGCCAUUUCCAUGUUUGGCCUGGUCGUCAUGUUGGCAGGACUUUAUGCUACUUCCCGCAACCGAUCCGCCAUCCCUUGGCACACCGUCAUCGGUGGAAUGUUAUCGCAGUUCAUCAUCGCUGUCUUCGUUCUCCGUACUCAAGUCGGUUACGAUAUCUUUGCGUUCAUCUCCGAGAUGGCGCGUACGCUGCUUGGUUUCGCAGCACAAGGUGUUACCUUUUUGACUGAUGAUACUGUGCCGAAACUGCCUUGGUUCUUUACUGGUGUCAUCCCACCCAUCAUCUUUUUCGUUGCCCUAGUGUCGCUUCUGUACCACUCGGGCAUCCUGCAGUGGUUCAUCGUCAGAUUUGCCCACUUUUUCUACUGGACUCUCCGCGUCUCUGGCGCCGAGGCUGUCGUCGCCGCUGCUACUCCCUUUAUUGGACAGGGUGAAUCCGCCAUGUUGAUUCGGCCGUUUAUUCCUCAUUUGACUCAAGCCGAACUCCACCAGGUCAUGUGCUGCGGUUUCGCCACCAUCGCUGGAUCUGUCUUGAUUUCUUAUAUUCAGAUGGGUCUUAACCCUCAAGUCCUGGUUUCAUCCUGUAUCAUGUCCAUCCCUGCUUCUCUCGCUAUCUCCAAGAUGAGAUUCCCUGAGGAGGAGGAAACUUUAACUUCCGGUCGUGUCGUUGUGCCUGAUGACGAUGAGCACAAGGCUGCCAAUGCUCUCCACGCAUUCGCGAACGGCGCCUGGCUUGGUCUCAAGAUCGCUGGCAUGAUCGUUUCUACACUGUUAUGUAUCAUCGCGUUUGUCGGUCUCAUCAACGGUUUCCUCGGCUGGUGGGGAACGUACUGGAACAUCAUCGAGACACCCCUGUCGCUGCAGCUGAUCUUGGGUUACUUGCUGUACCCCGUAGCCUGGUUGCUUGGUGUCCCCAACCAGGAUCUCCGAACUGUGGGAGAAAUUAUCGGUAUCAAGAUCAUUACCAACGAAUUCGUCGCUUUCGACACACUCUCCGACCCGGAAACAGUCCUCACCACUCGUGGCCGUAUCAUUGCCACCUAUGCCUGCUGUGGUUUCGGAAACAUUGGUUCUCUUGGUAAUCAAAUCGGUGUGCUAUCCCAGAUCGCACCCGGCAGGGCUGGUGACGUCUCCCGCGUCGCCGUGAGUGCUUUGGUCGCGGGUGUCAUAGCAACUCUGUCUUCGGCAUCUAUCGCUGGAAUGCUGUAUACUGACGCUAUCGCUCAGAACGUUUAA